AUGGCGCAUCAGAUCCCCGACCCAACGGUCGACCUUGACUGGUCUGGCUACGUCGGCGCUAUUCACGAGAUAUUCGCCAAAAAUGCCCAGAAGCAUCCAGAGCGGGUUUGCGUGAUCGAAACAGAAUCCUCCGAAGCACCGGAAAGGAUAUUUACCUACAAGCAGAUCUUCGAGGCGUCAAAUGUCCUGGCGCAUUACCUUCACGAUGCAGGAGUCACUAAUGGCGACGUAGUCAUGAUUUGGGCGCAUAGGUCAGUUGACCUCGUCGUCAGCAUUAUGGGUGUCCUUGCUGCCGGAGCUACAUUUAGUGUCCUAGACCCACUGUAUCCGCCGUCCCGUCAACAAAUCUAUCUUGAAGUAUCCGGCCCGACCGCCCUUGUACAAAUCGCGCGCGCCACCGACGAGGCCGGUCCCUUGGCGCCCCUCGUGCGUAGGUACAUUGAUGAGGAACUGAAGCUGAAGGCCGAGGUUCCAUCACUACGCAUAGGCGAUGACGGUCAUCUCUCGGGAGGAGAGAUCAACGGUGCUGAUGUCUUUGCCAGCGUGCGCGGCAAGGCGUCUUCGCCGCCUGCGGAUGUCGAGGUCGGGCCCGACUCGAACCCCACACUUAGCUUCACGUCAGGCUCAGAAGGCCGGCCCAAGGGCGUGCUUGGUCGACACUACAGCUUAGCCAAAUACUUCCGCUGGAUGGCCGAGACAUUUGGCAUGGGCGAGGAGAGCCGGUUCACACUGCUCUCCGGCAUCGCGCACGACCCCGUGCAGCGAGACAUCUUCACGCCGCUGUACCUAGGCGCGCGCCUCCUGGUGCCGUCCAAGGAGAAUAUUGCCCAUGAGCGCCUGGCUGAGUGGUUCAAGCGCUUUGAGCCGACAGUGACACACCUGACGCCUGCCAUGGGUCAGAUUCUAGUCGGCGGCGCCACCGCACAAUUCCCUGCCCUGAAAACAGCCUACUUCGUCGGCGACGUGCUGACGACGCGCGACUGUCGCAGUCUGCGCGAGCUUGCCGCCAAUGUCGACAUUAUCAACAUGUACGGCACGACCGAGACCAGCAGAGCGGUCAGCUACUACAAGAUUCCGAAUCGUGCCUCAGACCCGGACUUUCUGGAGAGGCUGGGCAAGGACACGAUCCCUGCCGGAACUGGCAUGGAGAACGUUCAGCUGCUGGUCGUCAACCGGGAAGAUAGGACAAAGCUUUGUGGCGUCGGCGAGGUGGGCGAGAUCUACGUGCGUGCCGCUGGUCUGGCUGAGGGCUACAAGGGCGACCCUGCAUUGAACGAACAGAAAUUCCUGAUGAACUGGUUCGUGGAUAACAACAAGUGGAUUGAGGCGGACAAAGUGCACCCGACUAAGGAUGCAGCAUGGAGAAAAUACUACAAGGGCCCUCUGGACAGACUGUACCGCACAGGUGACCUCGGAAAGUAUCUGGAGACGGGCGAUGUCGAAUGUACUGGCCGCGCGGACGAUCAAGUCAAGAUCAGGGGCUUCAGAAUUGAGCUCAACGAUAUCGACAGCAACCUCAGUCAGAGUUCCCUCAUUAGGGACUGCAAAACGCUCGUGCGAAGGGACAAGAACGAGGAGCCGAAGCUGGUCAGUUACGUUGUGCCUGAGCUCAAGCAAUGGCCCCAGUGGCUCAAGCUGCAUGGCUAUGAGGAUGCCGAGGAUGACGAGGGCACGGACUUCGGAGCAACCAAAGUAUACUUCAAGAGAUAUCGUCGUAUGCAGGCUGAGCUUCGCGACCAUCUCAAGUCGCGGCUGCCAACCUACGCCAUUCCCAGCAUCUUCAUUGUACUGGAGAAGCUGCCAUUGAACCCCAACGGCAAGGUCGACAAGCCCAACCUGCCUUUCCCUGAUAUUGCUGAGCAAACCGCGGAAGCCUCAAGCGCCGAUAUUGAGCGAUGGGAGUCUUUGACUGAGACAGAACGUGCCGUUGCCACGAGGUGGGCUGCAUUGAUCCAGGGCCUGAACGAAAAGUCGAUCGCGCCUGAUAACCACUUCUUUGACCUCGGUGGACACAGUAUCCUGGCACAGCAGAUGCUGCUCGACGUGCGCAAGCAGAUGGGUGCUAAUGUAUCCAUCAACACCCUCUACGAGAACCCCACACUCGGGGCUUUCAGUCGGCAGGUUGACAAGCACCUUGGGGCAGCCAACGGUGAUAGCACCAGCCAAACCGAGGAUGAGGAAAACUCAUAUGCCAAGGCUCGGGACGACCUCGUUAAAAAACUUCCGGCAUCGUACAAGACGGCAGAUCCGUCGUCGAUACGGGCGUCAUCCAGGCCUACCAUCUUCCUGACUGGCGCAACGGGCUUCUUGGGUGCCUUCUUGAUCCGCGAUAUCCUGCAGAGGACAAGCCGACAGCUAAAGCUCAUCGCACACGUGCGUGCCAAGGACCAAAAGGCGGCGACAGACCGUCUGACGCGAUCGCUACAGGGCUAUGGUAUCUGGCGGGAUGAGUGGGCUGGGCGGCUUUCUUGCGUAGUGGGCGAUUUGGCCCAGCCGCAACUUGGUAUUGACCAGCCCACGUGGGAGCGUCUGUCAAACGAGGUGGAUGUAGUUAUCCACAACGGCGCGACUGUCCACUGGGUGCGCCGCUGGCAAGACAUGCUGGCUGCCAACGUCACAUCGACGAUCGAGGCGAUGCGGCUGUGCAACGAGGGCAAGCCAAAGUUGUUCACUUUUGUCAGCUCAACUAGCGUCUUGGACACCGAACACUAUGUGAAGCUGUCUGAGAGGCAACUGAGCACCGGCCAAGGCGCCGUCCCCGAGUCAGACGACCUCGAAGGGAGUGCCACUGGUUUGGGCACAGGUUACGGCCAAACAAAGUGGAUCUCGGAGCAGCUGGUUAGGGAGGCGGGCCGACGCGGACUUCGAGGCUCUGUCGUCAGGCCAGGCUACAUUCUGGGAGAUUCCGAGUCGGGAUGUUCCAACACAGACGACUUCCUCAUCCGCUUCCUCAAGGGCUGCAUCCAGCUCGGCACAAGGCCCCGCAUUCUCAACACGGUCAACGCUGUGCCCGUCAACCACGUUGCGCGUGUUGUCGUGGCGGCUGCGCUCAACCCUGUGCCAGCCCAGGGCAGUGAAGGUGUUCACGUGGUCCAUGUCACGGGCCACCCGCGCCUGCGGAUGAAUGAGUAUCUCUCGUUGCUAGAGUUCUAUGGCUACAAGGUGCUCGAGGUGCCGUACGAUUCGUGGAAGGAGGAGCUGGAGCAGUACGUGUCUGCGGGCGCGGGUGUCGAGAGGGACCAGGAGCAGCACGCGCUCCUACCUCUCUUCCACCUUUGCAUCUCGGACCUACCCGCCAAUACCAAGGCACCCGAACUAGAGGACCAGAACGCCGUCGCGGUGCUCAAGGCGGACGCCGAGGCCUGGACAGGAGUCGACGAGAGCGCGGGUUACGGCAUCGGCAGGGAGGACGUCGGGAGGUACCUCCGCUACCUGGCCAUGAUCAAGUUUGUGCCCUGGCCCACGUCCAGGGGCAGGCCUCUACCUGAGGUCAGCAUCAGCCCGGAGCAGGUGGCUGCCAUGGGUGCAGGCGUCGGCGGGCGUGGAGGUGCGGGUGCGGGACAGUGA